CGCGCGGGCGCCCGGGCGCGCCGCCGCCGGGACCCCAGAGGCGCGGCCGGAGCGCGGCGGAGGCUCGGACGCGGCGGGCGCACGGGCGGGGUCCACGCUGAGCCGCCUCUGGUGCCGGCCGGUCCCCGAGCGGCUGCCCGGGGCGCGCGGGCGCGCGGCGCUUCGCCAUGUACACCUUCGUGGUGCGCGACGAGAACAGCAGCGUCUACGCCGAGGUCUCCCGGCUGCUCCUCGCCACGGGCCACUGGAAGAGGCUGCGGCGUGACAACCCCAGGUUUAACCUGAUGUUGGGAGAGAGGAACCGGCUGCCCUUCGGGAGACUGGGUCACGAGCCUGGGCUGAUGCAGUUGGUGAAUUACUACAGGGGGGCUGACAAGCUGUGUCGCAAAGCUUCUUUAGUGAAGCUAAUCAAGACAAGUCCAGAACUUGCUGAGUCCUGCACGUGGUUCCCUGAGUCCUAUGUGAUUUAUCCAACUAAUCUCAAGACCCCAGUUGCUCCAGCUCAGAAUGGAAUCCUCCCACCUAUCAAUAACUCAAGAACAGAUGAAAGGGAAUUCUUCCUGGCUUCUUACAACAAAAAGAAAGAAGAUGGAGAAGGCAAUGUUUGGAUUGCAAAAUCAUCAGCUGGUGCCAAAGGUGAAGGCAUUCUCAUCUCCUCGGAGGCUACAGAGCUUCUGGAUUUUAUAGACAACCAGGGCCAGGUGCACGUGAUCCAGAAAUACCUUGAGCACCCUCUGCUUCUGGAGCCAGGUCAUCGCAAGUUUGACAUUCGGAGCUGGGUCUUGGUGGAUCAUCAAUAUAAUAUCUACCUCUAUAGAGAGGGUGUACUUCGGACUGCCUCAGAACCAUACCAUGUUGAUAAUUUCCAAGACAAGACCUGCCAUUUGACCAAUCACUGCAUUCAAAAGGAGUACUCAAAAAACUAUGGGAAGUAUGAAGAAGGGAACGAAAUGUUCUUUGAGGAGUUCAAUCAAUACCUAACAAGUGCUUUGAACAUUACCCUGGAAAGUAGUAUCUUACUACAAAUCAAACAUAUUAUAAGAAGCUGCCUCUUGAGCGUGGAGCCCGCCAUCAGCACCAAGCACCUCCCUUACCAGAGCUUCCAGCUCUUCGGCUUCGACUUCAUGGUGGACGAGGAGCUGAAGGUCUGGCUCAUUGAGGUCAACGGCGCCCCUGCUUGUGCUCAGAAGCUUUACCCAGAGCUGUGCCAGGGCAUCGUGGACAUAGCCAUAUCCAGUGUCUUCCCGCCCCCAGACACCGAGCAGCAGCCCACCCUGCCCGCUGCGUUCAUCAAGCUGUGACCCAGGGGGUGCUCAGAGCUGCCUCAGAAGAAGUAUUUGGUCCUACUCCAGGGGAAGGUGAAAUGUCCGGAAUGCUUAUCCUCAAGCCGAAACAGGAAAAAGGAAAGGCGACUUGCAAAGACAUGAUGGAAGAGAGAGCGUGGGAAAAGAAGGUGACUUCCCCAACAAGUGCUUGCUCUGGAGCCCUCUACGCUGCUGUUCCAAUUUGAGAACUGAGGCAGAUUUCUCUGAGGGGAAAGCAAAGUAUCCUUUGGAGGGCAAAAAAACAGGAAUUUGAUUAUUUUAUGUUCUUAUCCUUUAAAAAAUCUGAUUUUUAUCCUAAGGCAGCGUCGUGAACAGCGCCUCUCCUCCCGGGGUUGUAGCUUUGGACCUUUGGUUGGUGUCUUCCUACCUGCUGCAGCCUUAGUGCCUUACCUCUCCGCCCAGCUGCAACCCUUCUGUUCUGGGACGUGCGUUGGAUGUCAGAGCAUUCUGGAGGUUGCCUGGGUGGUCCCUACUCAUCCCCCUCCAUGGCACUGCACCAUGAAAUUCCGGACAAGCAUGCACCACUAGUUUUUGGUCUGUGCUGUGGGCUGCGUGGCAGUGAAGGGGGUUCCUUCUGUUCCUGAUAGUCUUUGGUGAGUCAGCUGUCAGGGUUGGUAUGGCCUGGACACCUAAACCACAAACGCUGCUCUCUGCAUGUUUUAGAAACCAAGUGGCAAACUCGUAAGCAUCAAAUAAGCAUGAGCGAGAAAAAACACAGUGUCUUGCUUUACUUCAUACUUGAGGGUGGUGGGUCUUUGAAAUAUGAUGCCUCAGUUAUCUUUGUUUUAACCAGAAUUCUACAUGCACUUUUGCAAAGUUCCCUUUUCUUCACUUUUUUUUUUUAAAUUUUAAUUUUUGUGAAAACCCCUCUAGGGGGCAGGAGGAUAGAGUCUCCCCACCCCCAGGUGGCACUGCCCCGGGCACAGAUAGUAUUGCCUCUUUUUGUUCUCCUUGCUUUCCAAGCCCCUUCUGCAGGAGCUGGAGAGGCAGAUUCUAUUCCAAGGAGAUUUGCUGUGCGUGUGCCUCUUGAAAUGAGGGAGGGGCUCUGAAUAAGUAAGUGUAUGUCUCCAAGUGGGAAAAAAAUCGUUUCAGAGCUCCACACUGCAUCUUGUAAGUCAAUAAAUAUGUCCUGUUAGGUGUAGUACCCACUUAGCAUCGAUGAAUAUUACGUAGUCUUCAGGAGGCCACAUAAGUUG